AUGCACCGUUGGCCGGGUGCAGACGCUACAACAGCUACGAUUAUUCCAUGUCUUUGGGGCCAACGCACUGCAUCUGCGGUGUAUGACAGCAAGACAAGAUGGGCUACGUGCUUGCUGGGGACGCAGGCUAGUCAUGCUUUGCCCAUCUUUGCCCCGCUUGGUGGUUUCAAAGUGUCCCGGUGGCUAUGCCAGUCUCUGCCCUGGAAAAGCAGAUCAAGGCGACUCAGGCGCCGAAAGCACAAAAUGGCUUUUUUGACCGAUUUUAACACGGAAAAUUUCCGCCAACUAUAG